CCGCCAUGUCGACAGCGGCCAAGGUGCACGCAAAGACCUUUAAGGUGGAGCCAGAUGUGGCCCGCGCCGUUGCCAUGCGUCGGCAACUGGCCCGAGAUGCCAAGGGCCUUCAGUGCUUGCGCUGGGCUGCCGCCAUUGUCGCCGUCGUCUUUGUCCUAGCCUACGUUCUCGUGUACUUUAUCUUUUCACCGAUUGGCGCCGUCCGCAUCUACAGGGACACGACAGUGCGCUACGCAGCCUACGUCCACGUCCUCUCUGGGUCGGUGUGGCUCCUCCUCUCGACGCUGCAGCUCUUUCCUGCGUUUCGCACAUCGGAUCUGCGCCGCCACCGCAUCAUCGGGUAUGCGGCGCUAAGUGCUGCCGCCAUCGCGUUUGUCGCUGUCUGGACCAUGAUGCUGAUUGCAAAGACAUCGCUCGAAGGCGGCCUCGGCAUCCUCGUCGCCGCGGCCCUCUUUUCCCCGCUCUGGGCCCACGCCAUCUAUGCUGGCGUCAACGCCAUCACGCGCGGCCAGAUCGAGCUGCACCGGUACUACAUGACGCGCGCGUACGUCCUUGCGGCAGCCAUCAUGGCCAUGCGUCCAGGACUUGCCUUGCUCCACAGCCUCUCCUUGAUGCAAGACGUCCCGCUCUUCGACCAGGUGCCCAUCAUCCUCGAGAGCAUCUUCGCCGCGCACAUCCAAGACGACACGCGCGUGCGGCUCGGCGUCGUCUCGCUCGUCGUGCUUGCGCUCGCGUACAUGCUCACGGAGGCGUUUGCCAAGACACCAGCCGCCUUUGCGUCCCUGCUGCACACGACGUUUGAGCCCUGCACGCUCGUGGCGCGGAAGCUCGUGGCGCCCGAUUUGGCGCUGCUCGUCCUCGAGUCCCCGACCGGAACGGUCCUGCACCGGGUCACGCCGGGGCAUCACUGCGCGCUGCGGCUCGCGGGUCUUACGCGGUCGUACACGCCCGUGCCGCUGGCGCUGGUAGCAAGAAAGGCGCACGCGCCGCAUCGCAUGGGCGUCCUCGUCAAGCGGGUCGCGCAGGGCGCGUUGAGUCCACUGCUGCACGACGUCGCGCUGGGAUCGACGAUUGACGUUCUCACGCCGAUUCCGAGCGCGUUUGCGCUCCAGCCUCGACUGUUUUCGGAGCUCGUCUUGGUCGCGGGCGGGUCGGGUCUCUCGACGAUGCUGUCGCUGCUGCCGGACGCUGUCAGCGAUGUGCGCUGCGAGCGCAUCUACCUUCACAUCUACACAACGUCCGGAACUCCGUUCCAGCGCGAGCUCAAAGAUACGAUGACGUCGGCGCAAUUGCACGUGUUUUAUCACAAGGGCCGGCCGACGGCCGACGACUUCACAGCCGUGCGCCCGGACGCUUCGAUGGUCGCGGUCUGCGGCCCCGUUGGCUUUAUGCAGACCGUCAUCGCAACCUUGCCGAAUGUCCCUCGCCUCCACGUCCACGCCUUUGGCCUCGACGAUAUGUAA